UUUUUUUUUUUUCAAAAAAAAGCACGCUUAGAGAUCACUUGACGCAGCUAGUGCAUGUGUGAAGCUCUGUUUGAAAAAAAAACCUGAAAUCUUGAAGACUUGUAGAGACGACGGGGAAUUGCUAUUCGAAGGUGUCACACAGAUGCAGAAGUUGUGUGACAAUUGUGUAAAAAUAGAGCUUCCAUUUAUUAUUCAUAGAAAGCUCACAUAUUUUUGGGAUGUACCGGUCAUACACGAAAUGAUGCAACUUGAUAUUCCACAUGCUUAGCAAAACUAUUGUACUCGUGUAUCAGAACAAAAGGCAGUCUAAAAUAAAUCUUUAUUGAAAGUGCAGUGGUUCAUCGUCUAUCGUCAUUCCAUCUUCGACCUGGUUUGGUCUGGUAUCCCUCACAGCUAUUCCUCUCUUACAAUGCAAUACCAAUGCAAUGCGAUAAAAGUGCCCUGUCCAUGUCGCCGUCAUCCAGCGGCGGUUAUACUUAUAGCGUCCUCGAUAAACUGCACCGGUGCGCCCCGGUGCGACCUGGUGCGGCUUGCCAUCCUCGAUAAACUGCACUGGUGCGCACUGAACGUCCUCGAUUAAAGGAGUGCACCCGUUCAGUGCAACACUGAGUUGCCCCGAACUCACACCGAGAAAAUCGGCCGAGCGCCAGAGUGCAAUCCCAAGAAGCAUCGCGAUUGCCGGAAGCACGGAGGAAGGCGGAAGUGGUAAGUAGCCAGGUGUAGCCGUGCAAGCAGCAGCAGACAGCAAUCGUCAGCAUGGCUUUCGAUCGGAGUUCUGUUCGACUUGCCGCAGCUAUUGUGGAAUUUCUGUCUAGCAGUUCGUCUGACAGUGAAGAUGAACUCGCGGUGGUGCUUCGUGGGACACGAGCUAAAGUGACCGACUUUGUGGAAUCUGUUGUUAGGAAUUUCAGCGAUACGGAGUUCCGAAAACACUUUCGUGUGACCCGAACAGUGUGCUACAAGGUCGUUGCUGAUUACGAGAAAUCUCCGUACUUUCAACAAGGAUCUGGCCGUGGCCCUUUCGCUCCGAAGACUGCAGAAGAACAUGUGCUGUCGUUUCUCUGGUUUGCAGGAAACAAAUCGAGCGAACGGGCUGUGGCUCUUGUUUUCGGCAUGGCGGAAAGCACGAUCCACGACAUCAUCGAGCGUGUGGCAUGCUUUUUUGAAAGCAUCAGCAAAGAAGUUAUACGCUUUCCUGUGACAGGAGAAGAGAAAGCAGCAUGCAGUGAAAAGUUUGAAAAGAUUUCAGGUUUCCCACAUGUGUUGGGGUGUGUGGAUGGCACCUACAUAGAGACGAGAUGCCCAGUGCACAAGAUUGCUUCAACAUACACAAACAGGCACGACAAGAAGUCGUACGGUCUUCAAGCGAUUUGUGACAGUGAUUGUAAGUUUCUUGAUGUAUUUCUUGGGCACACAGGAAAGACACAUGAUGCAGAAGCAUUCAGACGUUCCUUUAUCGUGGACGAGCUUGCCCGCAUCUGUGCCGACAAGUACCACAUAUUAGGUGAUGCGGCGUACGCUCUGAGGGAAUACAUUCUGACACCCUAUAGAGACUAUGGCAACCUGACACCCCAGCAGCUCAAUUUCAACCUGUGCCUGAGCCAGACACGCGUAAGAAUAGAGCAUGCAUUUGGGCUCUUGAAGAACAGAUUCAGGCAGCUACUGCUCUUGGAGAUGUGGACUGUUCCUAAGGCCACACAGUUUAUCCUUGCGUGCUGUGUGUUGCACAACUUGUGUGUGGAUGGGGGGGAUGUCACAAUAGAAGAUGAGACUGUGGAAGGGUGCUGUAAUGUACCCAUGCCAGGGGUCACCGAAACCUGCACCACAGAUGUGUCACGUAGGGACAGACUACUCAGGAAGCUUGGUGAGGAAAAAAGGAAGAGGAUAUCUGAGUACUUAUAUGCAUUUCACCACCUGUAGCUGCUGUACUGUACGUAUGUGUUAUUUUUACUUUCUGUAAAUAUAGGGGGUGACUUUUUCAGAUUAAACCCGGUCCCGCCCGAUUAUCCCCACUCCACUGAACUGACCUCCGACCAAUUCGAACAAAGACAGAUUUCUUCCCAAAUUCACUUCACUAUGAAAACCUCAAGUGACGUUUCCAAUGAAGAUGAACAAAGGUCGCCACGCCUAACACAUGCAAAAAUUGGUCACUUGCUUUCUCAGAAAUACACCCAUGUGUGUCAGCACUUGACUACACCAUCGGGGUUAGUGCAGCUAGGUCACCCCCCAAAAAAUUAAGAAAAGGAGAAAGAUUAGGAAAGGGCCUAAUACAAAAGAGGAGAAACAAAAUCCCCCAAUAACACCCAAGGCACAACUGGCGCCCAAUUUCUCCCCGAGUUACAGAUCUGAAAAUAGCAAGGCAUUUAAGCUGCAAGUGUCACUCCCUAAAUAUGUCUAUUCCCACCCCAACUUUUGGGGGGAGCUCACUGUAUGUUGAAAAUAAAUGUGUGUGAAAAGGCAAUAAAUUUACCCUGUUACAUCAGUGAUACUGGGGAAAUUUCUAUGCUAGUAAUUUCCUAGAAAUUGGGACAAAUUAUACACUGUGGCUAAUAAAACCAGCAUGAAAACUGCCUCCAAAACAUGAAUAAUUUAUUCAGGUACUGUCUGGUAUUGCACAGGCCAAAAAUUACUGCUUUUACUGUACAUCUGACUCACUUCGUGAAGCCAGAAGACUGCGAAGAAGUUCCAUUUUCUCCUUGUGUCAUCGCUCUUUCUGGUCUUCUUUGUCAACAUGGAUUUUCCACAGAACUGCUGGUAUUGAAUCUGUCUUUUGUUUUUUUGGUCGUGGUGCCUCCCCACUCGAUUGGCUCUCAUUUGACUGGGAGGAAGGCUUAUAUACGACACGCCCCGGUCCCCUCAGAACUUCAGGCUCGAGACUGUCAUCAAGUGCUUGAAUAUUCCUGAACUCUUCAUCAUAGGGGACCGGAACAGCAUCUGCACCUGACGACCGGUUAUGAUUUCGCCUCUCAGUACGUCUCUUCUUUAUUGUUUUAAAUCUAUUCUGACACUGCUCUGCAGACUUUCUAGUGCCAAGCUCAUGUUCAAUGUCGCAUGAGAUGGUUUCCCACAUAGCUUUUUUGUUUUUAAAUGCUUUCAUGGGCCCCACUUGCCCAAGGUACCUCUCAUAUUUAUCUAGCAUGAACUUGGUUUCACCGUCACUCCACUCAUUUUGGCCACGGACAAGUGCUGCAGGCUCUCGCUGUGCCUGCAAGUUCUGAUGACUGGAGCUGGAAUUCUGGACCUUAGAGCAGCUACUGCUUUCAUCACCUGCAUGCAGGAAAAAAAGAAACUUAUCGACAUGCACUUCAU